AUGAUGAGCUCAAAUAUCUUGUCGCGGAUACUGCCUCCCGCCGGCUCUCCCUCUAUCUACGAAGCUAUCAGAAAUGACGACGAGGCGUCUGCAAACUCCGACGUUGAAGAGCGUGCCGCGAUGGCUUUGGACGAGGAGAACCUGGAGAGAUCGCUUCACAAUUUCGACCCUGAUGACGCUGCCGACAGCCAGGUUACUACACAGAGUACCGCGUUCUUAGGCCAAAGACGGCCCGGAAAGCUAUCGGAUAACCAUCGAAAUAGGACCAGAUCAACACGACCUCGAUGGCUGCAGCAAUUAUCUCCCCGCGUAGCCGAAGCCGAUGAAGGCGACCAUGACGACGUGCCGGCCUCUUUGCUGAUAGAAGGCCACGAUGUUGACGAUAUGCCCAGACCGCCUGCUCCUCCAUCUUACGGUGUUGAUGACCGCCAUGAUGCGUACCCAGACUUCAGCCCAUCAUCUCGCAGACCGAGGGACCGCUGGGAAACACCGCAAGGCCGUAGGAAGCCUCAUCGGCUUCUACCAGCUUCGAUUGUUCAUAAAACAGAGCGGCUGGGUGGAUUUUCUGGUCUAGCGUCUGCCAGUCCCAAAGAUAAGGCCAUGUGGAGGUGGGCGAAUGUCGAGAAUCUCGACAAUUUUUUAAAAGACGUAUACAUCUAUUACCUGGGAAAUGGGAUCUGGUGUAUAUUGAUGAGCCGAGCACUCAACUUAUUAACUCUCGGUUUUGUGGUGGGCUUCACGGCUUUUCUAUCAAGCUGCGUCAACUACAACUUGGUCCGCAACAGCAAGUCUUUACAGGAAAUUCUUGUACCGAAAUGCAUGACCAAGGUUUCAACGUCUACCACACUCCUCUUGUGGCUCUUCACCUUUUUCUGGAUCGGUAAACUCGUCCAGUACGUACUUGAUAUUCGAAGACUCCGACACAUGCAUGAUUUUUAUCACUAUUUGCUAGAUAUCUCCGACCCAGAGAUACAGACUAUAUCGUGGCAACAAGUUGUGAGCCGAUUGAUGACUCUAAGAGAUGCCAAUCCAUCCACAGCGGCUGCUAUUUCUGCCAAACAUCGCAGGUUCAUGGGCAGCCAGUCGAAGCAGCGAAUGGAUGCCCAUGACAUCGCCAACCGACUGAUGCGGAAGGAAAACUACCUCAUAGCUCUGUUUAACAAGGAUAUACUUGACCUCACUUUGCCUGUUCCCUUUCUCCGAAAUCACUACGUCUUUAAUGAGCAGGGCCAGGUACGACCUCUCUUUCUAAGAGAUACCCACCGACGAGCUUUGAGCGAGGGUCUACGAAGGCGUUUUGUUUUUGCCGGCAUAAUGAAUAUCUUCGUCGCCCCGUUUAUCGUUGUUUACUUUAUGAUGCAUUACUUCUUUCGGUACUUCAAUGAGUACCAAAAAAACCCAUCGCAAAUUGGCUCACGCCAGUAUACACCUCUUGCGGAAUGGAAGUUUCGCGAAUUUAACGAACUUUGGCAUCUUUUUCAGCGUCGUAUUAACAUGUCAUAUCCCUUUGCCAAUCGCUACGUCGACCAAUUUCCCAAAGACAAGACAGUGCAACUCUCACGUUUUGUGGCUUUUAUCGCAGGGGCUCUCGCCUCAGUUCUAGCGUUGGCUUCACUUUUAGACCCAGAGCUGUUCCUGGGAUUUGAAGUUACUCCGGAUCGCACAGUACUUUUCUAUCUUGGAUUGUUUGGUAGCGUCUGGGCCCUUGCUCGUGGAUUGGUACCGGAAGAGACCGAUGUCUUUGACCCUGAAUUCGCGCUCCUGGAAGUGACUAAUUUUACCCACUAUCGACCAGAUCAUUGGACUGGGCGUUUGCACAGCGAUCAGAUUAUGAUUUUCCUGGAGGAGAUCCUGAGCAUGAUUUUCACCCCAUUUGUGCUGUGGUUCAGCCUUCCUAAAUGCAGUGACCGUCUGAUUGAUUUUUUCCGCGAAUUCACUGUCCACGUAGAUGGGUUGGGCUACGUGUGUUCUUUUGCCGUCUUUGAUUUUAAGAAGGAUACCCGGUCUAAUCCUCAAGGCCGCACGUCUAACCAGAGUGGGCCUGCGGGAGACUUGCGAGAUGACUAUUUCUCAACCAAGGAUGGAAAAAUGCUUGCUUCGUAUUACGGCUUUCUGGAUAGUUACGGUCCAAAUCCGCGAGCCGGUGCCGCUCCUGGACCCCGACGAAGAUUUCACCCUCCUCCCGCUUUCCCUGCUCUUGGGAUUGCUCAUCCGGCCGAUGCAACUCCCCGUGCGGACCGUUGGGAUCAAAUGGCGGGACGACAGUCCCCUCUGUUAGGACCCCAGGCGCACCACGCCACGAUGCGCGGGUCUCGGUUUGGCGGUGGGCCGGCGGCUCUCAAUUCGCCGGUUCACUCGAUGCUCCUGGACCCGCACCAUCAGCCCUCCGCUUCAGGACUACGAUCGACACAUAGAACGGCGGCCCAAUCUCGUUUCCGGGCGGCUCGGCCUGUUAGUGAUGGAAUGGACGAGGUAAAAGAGCUCUCUGAUGGCGACACCUCAAGCAGGACUCCUGUGGCUCAGCAGUCGAGUCGAGUAGGCGACGAUUCUACCGGGGCAGUGGCUACCAGUGAUAAUAAUUUGGAGGGCUCGUGGCGCGUCAAUCUAGCAGGAGAUGCAGAUGACAGCGAUGGGAUAGAAGAGGGCGAAGAGGUGGAAGCAAUCGUCAAUGGUCCUGGCGGUGUACUCGGUCUAAUCCAGCAAUUCCAAAAGGCCAACAACGAAGGCAGAGCCAGAGGUGGCACAGUUGGCAUAUGA